CUCCCACCUGCGUUUCUUUCGCCUCCACAGCCUCUUGUCCCCUCGCCCGUUCCGUCUCCCGUAGCAGCGCCUCCCUUCGUUCCCCUCUUCCUCGGUUGCUGAGAUGGCCGGCCGUGGGAAGGCAAUCGGCGCUGGCGCUGUCAAGAAGGCGACGUCGAGGAGUUCCAAGGCCGGGCUGCAGUUCCCAGUUGGCAGGAUCGCCAGGUUCCUCAAGGCCGGCAAGUACGCCGAGCGCGUCGGAGCCGGCGCCCCUGUCUACCUCGCCGCCGUCCUCGAGUACCUCGCCGCUGAGGUUCUGGAGCUGGCCGGCAAUGCCGCCAGGGACAACAAGAAGACCCGUAUCGUGCCCCGCCACAUCCAGCUCGCUGUGCGCAAUGACGAGGAGUUGACCAAGUUGCUUGGCGGUGCCACCAUUGCCAGUGGCGGUGUGAUGCCCAACAUCCACCAGCACCUCCUCCCAAAGAAGGCCUCUUCUUCCAAGGCCUCCACCGUCGAUGACGACGACAACUGAGGCCCGCCCUUUUCAUCACUGCCACCCCAGUCAUGGAUUACAUUUGCAUCACAAAGAGGGAGGAGUUUCUUGUUUCCUAGGAUUUAGUGUCUUGGUUUUCAGAAGAGUCCGGAUGGUUUGGUAUUAGGAAUUUCUAGUUGGUGGUCGGAUUAGUUGCUUCAAUCCUAUGGCUGUGAAUAUGCCAAAGAAAUUAUCGAGUGUUUAAACUCAGAUGUAAUCCUGCUUGAUCUUAUCCGGUUUCCAUGGUUGAAGAAAUUGAAAGGAUCUGAACUUUAAGCA